AUGUGUUGGUUGCGUCGAGUCGAGGGAAAGGUACUGCUGCCAACUGCCGUCCUCGACCCUCAUUCCCAGCUCGUCGAGUUCGUCUCGCCUCCUCUCGGCUUGACUCUACCCAUCUCCCCCGUCUCCCCGUCUCCCCGUCUCCCCGUCUCCCGUCUCCCCGUCUCCCGUCUCCCGUCUCCCGUCUCCCGUCUCCCCGUCUCCCCGUCUCCCGUCUCCCGUCUCCCGUCUCCCGUCUCCCCGUCUCCCCGUCUCCCGUCUCCCGUCUCCCCGUCUCCCCGUCUCCCCGUCUCCCCGUCUCCCCGUCUCCCCGUCUCCCCGUCUCCCGUCUCCCCGUCUCCCGUCUCCCCGUCUCCCCGUCUCCCCGUCUCUCCAUCUCCCCUCAUCCCCAUCUCCCCUCCUCCCCAUCUCCCCUCUCCCCCUCUCCCCCUCUCCCCUCCUCCCCAUCUCCCCUCUCCCCUCUCCCCCUCUCCCUCCAGCCCCUGCACCGCCACACCCUAUUUAGACGACGGCAGGUAG